UGCAAUUGCAAGCUUCUUUUACUUUUUCCUAUUUUUCUUAUUCUUCAAGGACAGUGAUAUGACAGAAUCGACGCCUUCCAUUUCAUCGUCGCCUUCGGCUUCCCCUAGUUCAUCCACCGUCCGACGGAAACCACGCCCGCCUUCCGUCGUCAUUGAGACGUUGGGUGCCACUACGUCAGAAACCAAAGAAGGAUUCCGCAAAAUCAACGAUUACCUGCUCAAGAAAGAAAUCGGCCGUGGCGCUUUUGGCACGGUGCACCUUGGUAUUGGCGUGAAUAGCAACACUGAAUAUGCCAUCAAGGAAUUCAGCAAAUCGCGUCUACGUCGAAAAGAACAAUCCAACAUGCUUCGUCGUGGAGCCCGUCGUGGAGGUGUCAGAGGAGGAUUCGGAUUGGGUGUGGGUAGAGGAGGUCCGCUCAGGAAUCCUAAUCAGUCAGAAAACCCGUUGGACCUUGUGCGCGGAGAGGUCGCCAUCUUGAAAAAGCUGAACCAUCCGCACGUGGUCAAGUUGUAUGAAGUAUUGGAUGAUCCCAAUGGUGAUUCGAUCUAUAUGGUGUUUGAGAUGGCCCACAAAGGCGUGCUAAUGUCCAUUGAGCUCGAUCACAACGCCACGCCUUACAGUAACGACGACGCACGACGAUUUUUCCGCGAAAUGAUCCUUGGCAUCGAGUAUUUGCAUAACAACGAUAUUGUUCACCGUGACAUCAAACCCGACAACUUGCUGUUAUCAGACGACGAUGUGUUGAAGAUUGUGGAUUUUGGCGUGUCCGAGAUGUUUGUCAAAGGCAACGAUAAACUCAAGGGGUCCGCGGGAAGUCCUGCGUUCAUGGCUCCGGAAUUGUGCGUAGCGCAUCACGGCGAGAUUUCCGGCAAAGCAGCCGAUAUAUGGUCCUUGGGCAUCACGCUGUAUUGUCUUGUCCACGGUCGAUUGCCCUUUCGAAGCGGCAGCAUUAUUGAAUUAUAUAAUAUGAUCAAAAAUGACCCAGUGACUUGCGAUGAAAAUCUUGAUCCUCAACUGGUGGAUCUCCUUCAUCGAUUAUUAGAAAAAGAUCCAGAACAACGUAUCGUCAUGUCCGAACUACGCACACAUCCCUGGGUGACGAAGGAUGGUCAAGAACCACUGAUCAGUGAAGAAGAGAACUGCGAAAUGGUGGUCACUGAAGUUACAGAAGAAGAAAUUAACAAUGCUAUCAAGAACAUUGGUAGUAUCUUUACGAUUAUGAAAGCGGUGACCAAGUUUAAACGUCAUUCUCGAUCCUUGUCACAGCAAUCACUGAACAAAAUCAUGGAUGAGGUGAAGAAGCAGGAUGAGGAGAAAGCGGAAAACGCGGAAAGCGCGGAAAAAGUCAACCAACUGGAAGAAAUCCAAGUUGCCACUCGUGCCAUUCACCUAGAAGAUCCUCAAUAAUGACUUUUCCUUUUUCUUUUUUUUUCACAUACCAGAAAAGAACUCUUUAAUUCUCCCUUGUUACCCUUUUCCUUCUUAAUCCAACUCCUCUCAUCAACAAUCAUAAUCAAGAUAAAAAGGUCAAAUAAAGCCUUUUGAAUUCAUCAAAAGGUGUUUUUAUUCACCUUUUUUAAUCCAUUCGACACGUGUGUUCCCCAACACUGAUCAUCAUCGUGA